UCACCGAACUACGCGUUUCGGCAUUCUUUGUAUAUGCAGCAACUGGAUCAUAACCAUGUCUACCCGCCUACAUUUCCAAUCAAAGAGCCUCUUCUUUGGUACCCAGUGACCACUCAGUUUUACUUCAAACCGCGGCGUAUACCAGGGCAUCGUACUGCGGCAUCGGCUGCUUCACCUGCUGAUGAGCGAUCGAACGAAACCAGCUACCCGUGUCCAGUAGCCAAACAAUUCCGUUGCAUUGGUUACUUUUCGGCCCCCGGACAUGCAAAUCGACACGCCAAGAGGCACACUGGCACGAAGGAUGCAUACUGUCCGGAAUGCAAUAAAGUGUUCACUCGAAAGGACAACAUAGAGCAACACCGUCGUACCCAUUGGCGAGGCCGCAAGCCGAGAAGUGGUACAAAUACUGUAAGAAUGCCAAAGCCUGCAGCAAAACGC